CACUGUUCAUGGAUUCUUGUCACGCAACACCGAAAAGGAACGGAAACAGUCGACAAAACGAAAAUGGCUGGCAUUUGUCUCUUUGUUUCCUUUGUUAUAACUUUAAGGUGUUUAUCGGCCGAUGGGACUGAAAAUCUUCCUUCGGAUAAAGCUUCUUUUGAUACAAGUUCUGUCGAAUUAAUGGCAAAUGACAACUGCACAGCACCGAAACCAGUUGUGUCUGAUUCUAAACUGAAAUGGCGUGCGAGUGUUAAUAAUCAGAGCGUUUUUCUUCCCGGAGAAAAGGCUGAAUUCGUUUGUAACGAAGGAUUUCGUCAGGUCGGCUGGCUACCGACACUAACUUGUCAAACCAACGGUACCUGGAGUCCUCGUAUGUCAGAUAUUGAGGAUUUCAAAGCAACUGGGAGCGAUCUUGGUUAUUGUAUCACCAACAAUUGCAGUGCGGGCGGAAGGUUCAACUGUACAUCAGGCAACAAAAAUGUCGUCCCCAUCUGCAAAAGGUGCGACUGCGUUGCAGAUUGCGUUGACGGCAGUGACGAAAUGGCCUGCGGACCAAUCUUGAUAAACGUGACAGGCUGGGCUACAGGCGAGAUAAAUUCCCCUAAAAAUGAGAUUCAUUACACGGGUUUUUUGAACUGCUCAAGAACACUGUGGACUGAUGACGCCGGGUUUUACAUCAAGCUGCUAUUCACAAACUUUUCCAUGUCUGGAGAUUGUGGAGAUAACUACGUUUUCAUGGAAAACGCGACUUUUAGCGACACUGAUUCACCGCCCGUGUGUUGCAAGGAAACUAAGAAUAUUUUCUGCGUGUUUGGAAAACAAACGGGCCCUCCACCCCUAUCGCACACAGACAAGAACUUUAUGAUCGUAAAUUUCGUUUCCAAAGAAUCAAACUCUUCCAGCUUUUCAGCCAAGUGGUAUAACGUAAAUAGAUUUUAUCCUUAUGGUAUCAUACCAAAAGACGAUUCAGAUUACCCUGAGAAAAUUAAAUUCGAAAGAUCAUCGAGUGGUAAUGUACAGGAUGAUUCGACCGAUCCCACCUACAUAGCCGCCACGGUUAUAUUCAGCAUUGUCGCUUUUGUUGUUUUGGCAAUCGUGGCGUGCAAACUUGGCCGGCGUUUCCUUGGGCCUCAGUGUAGCCUGGAAUAUUGUUGCGCAUGGAUUGCGGCUAAGAGAAGUCAGCGGUCGCCACGUCUGUCGCCUCGGCGAGAGCCUUCCCCGGAGACGAGUCCCAUCCGAGGGGACAUUCAAGAAGCGCAUUCAAGUGGAAGGGCCCAGAGGACGGUGCCUGUUGAUGCUAGGGCUUCCUCGGUUUCGAGAACCCGCUAUGGGAGCGCCGAGAACGCAUAGACAAUAGCAUAGUCCUUCAAAAUUUAGAAAACGUUAUCACCCUUAACCACGCCCAAUUUUGUCAGAUUUUUAUUAGAAUAGGAUCCACUGAAAAGUUAUCAAAAAGAUUUCAAAAAUGGAAUUGUCGAAUAACUGUCGAGAAUUACUGAAAUCGUGGAAAUUUUAAUAUACCUGCAUGAUAUACGGUGAAGCGAAAUGAAAAGCAGCUAGCGGUGGAGAAAGUUCAGUUUUUGAGUAAAGCAGCUGGUAGCAAUAAAACAUGUAAUCAAGUUUUUUAAAAAAGUCAAAAAGUAACUUGUGCUGUAGUUCGUUUCAGUUCUGAUAGAAACAUCCCUUAAUAAAGUUGCCAACUCUCGAA